UCGAUCAUCGUUCAUCGUUCAUCGUAUCGUAUGGUAUCGUAGCGCAUCGUAUCGUUCCAGCGCCGUGCUCAAGUUCUCGAGCUGGGGGUUGGACUUGGACUUGGAGCUUGGGGCUUGGUUAAAAAGCCGCCGCUCGCCGGCAAAUCAGUUCUGCUGCGAUCGCGCCACUGCGCACUACGCAACGCUUGGGGAAUCCAGAUAUCUGCGACAAUUCGGCGACUCUGUGUGUUUCAGUUUCGCUUUCAGUCAAAUGCGGCACUAAAAUGUAAAUUCAACAAAAAAGUAAAGAAAACUAACGCUAAUCGAGUGAAGUAAGAGUCCAACACAAGAAAUCGCGAACCCGGGUUGAAGAUCGAGCGCUUCGAUGACUAUGUUUUGGCACCAAAAUGUAGACCACCAGUCGGAACAGCAGGACAAACAGCCGAAGAGUUCGGCUCCCACGAAGAGAUUGAACAUCAGCUUCAAUGUGAAGAUUGCGGUGAAUGUGAACACCAAGAUGACGACCACCCACAUCAACCAGCAGGCCUCCAACUCCUGCAGCUCACCGAAUGGCUCACCCAGCAAGAUUGUGGUACGCCAGCAGAGCAGGUGGUUCGAUCUCCGCCAGCAACUGGCCCGUCUGGGCCGCCAGCUGGCCAGCGGUCAGGAUGGCCACGGCGGCAUAUCCACCAUUCUGAUCGUCAAUCUACUCCUGCUCAUCCUGCUCUCGAUCUGCUGCGAUGUCUGCCGAUCCCACAACUACACGGUGCACCAGAGUCCGGAGCCCGUCUCAAAGGACCAAAUGCGUCUGCUGCGUCCCAAGCUGGACAGCGAUGUGGUCGAGAAGGUGGCCAUCUGGCACAAGCACGCCGCCGCAGCUCCGCCGAGUAUUGUGGCGGGCAUCGCCAUAAGCAGCAGGCCACAGGCGGCGUUGGCCCAUGCUCCAGAGGAUCGGGAUCGGGAUCGGGUUCGGAAUCCGCCGGAGGAGCCGCACGGUGGCGACGAGCGCAUGGUCUUGGAACGCGUGACAAGGGAUUGUGUGCAGCGAUGCAUUGUUGAGGAGGAUCUGUUUCUGGACGAGUUUGGAAUACACUGCGAGAAGGCGGACAAUGGCGAGAAGUGCUACAAAACACGAUGCACCAAGGGCUGUGCCCAGUGGUAUCGCGCCCUCAAGGAGCUGGAGUCCUGCCAGGAGGCCUGCCUGUCUCUCCAGUUUUACCCGCACGACAUGCCCUGCAUCGGCGCUUGCGAAAUGGCCCAGCGGGACUACUGGCACCUCCAGCGGCUGGCCAUCAGCCACCUGGUGGAGCGGACGCAGCCGCAGCUGGAGCGAGCGCCGCGGGCGGACGGACAGGCCACGCCACUCACCAUUCGCUGGGCGAUGCACUUUCCGGAGCACUACCUGGCCAGCAGACCCUUCAACAUUCAGUACCAGUAUGUGGAUCACCACGGCGAUGAGCUGGUUGCCGAGCCGGAAGACCGGGAUGCAUCUGGAGCGGCGGGUUCCAGUGCCUGGUUCAACUUGGCGAAUUACGACUGUGACGAGUAUUAUGUGUGCGAGAUACUGGAGGCCCUGAUACCCUACACUCAAUACAGGUUCCGUUUUGAGUUGCCCUUCGGCGAGAACAGGGACGAAGUGCUGUACUCCCCGGCCACGCCCGCCUACCAAACGCCCCCCGAGGGCGCGCCCAUCUCGGCUCCGGUCGUGGAGCACCUGUUGGGUCUGGACCAGAGCCACGUGGCUGUCCACUGGCAUCCCGGCCGCUUCACCAAUGGACCCAUCGAGGGCUACCGCCUGCGCUUGAGCUCCUCCGAGGGAAACGGCACCACUGAACAGCUCGUUCCGGCUGGACGAGGUAGCUACAUCUUCGCCCAGCUGCUGGCCGGCACCAACUAUACCCUGGAACUGAGCAUGAUCAACAAACAGGGUGAGGGUCCGUUGGCCAAGGGACUAGUGCAGACUCACUCCUCCCCAAGUGAUAAGCCUGUCAAGGAUCUAACAGAGAGUGUCCUGCUCGCCGGACGAAGGGCAGUGAUGUGGCAAUCGCUGGAACCGGCCGGCGAAAAUUCCAUGAUCUAUCAGUCUCAGGAGGAGCUGGCGGAUGUCGCCUGGUCCAAGCGGGAGCAACAACUGUGGCUGCUCAACGUCCAUGGCGAGUUGCGCAGCUUAAAAUUUGAAGCCGGCCAGAUGGUGAGUCCCGCCCAGCAGCUGAAGCUGGAUCUGGGUAACAUUUCCAGCGGAAGGCUGGUUCCACGCCGAUUGAGCCUUGACUGGCUGCAUCAUCGACUGUACUUCGCCAUGGAGUCGCUAGACCGCAACCAAACCAGCUUCCAGAUCAUCAGCACGGAUUUGCUGGGUGCAUCAGCGCAGAAAGUGGGCGAGUCUUUCGAUCUGCCCGUUGAGCAGCUGGAAGUGGAUGCCUUGAAUGGGUGGGUCUUCUGGCGAAACGAGGAGUCGCUGUGGCGCCAGGAUCUAAAUGGUCGAAUGAGCCAUCGGCUGGUGAGAAUCAGGCAGCCGGGCUGGUUCGUUGUGCAGCCGCAACACUUCCUCAUCCGAAUGAUGCUGCCGCAGGAGGGCAAAUUCCUGGAGAUUAGCUACGAUGGCGGAUUCAAGCAUCCACUGCCACUACCAGCUGGAGCUGCCUCCAACCAUUGGCAAAGCUUUGCCCUGCUUGGUCGCUCGCUGCUCCUGCCCGAUGCUGGUCAGCUGAUCCUGGUCGAGCAGCAGGCUCAGGGAGCCAGUCCCAGUGCCUCCUGGCCACUAAAGAACUUGCCCGACUGCUGGGCCGUGAUUCUUCUUGUGCCGGAAAGCCAGCCACUGACCAGCGCUGGAGGAAAACCGUACGGCUUGAAGGCCUUGCUGGGAGCCCAGGCGGCGAAGAUCUCGUGGAGGGAGCCGGAACGCAAUCCCUACCAGUCGGCGGACGCAGCACGCGGUUGGAGCUACGAACUGGAGGUGCUGGACGUGGCCAGCCAAAGUGCCUUUAGCAUACGCAAUAUACGCGGACCCUUCUUUGGCCUGCAGCGUCUGCAGCCGGAUAAUCUGUACCAACUGCGAGUGAGGACAAUAAAUGUGGAUGGAGAGCCGGGCGAGUGGACUGAGCCGCUGGCAGCCCGCACCUGGCCGCUGGGUCCACAUCGGUUGAGGUGGACCAGCCGGCAGGGAAGUGUCCUUCAUACCGACGAGCUGGGCGAGGGCUUGCAAGUGCAGCAGGAGCAGUUGGAGCGCCUAGCCGGACCCUUGACUAUGGUGAAUGACAGCGUGGGCUACUACGUCACGGGCGAGGGUCUGCUGCACUGCAUCAAUCUGGUGCACAGCCAGUGGGGAUGCCCCAUCUCGGAGCCACUGCAGCACGUGGGUUCGGUGACCUACGACUGGCGGGGCGGUAGAGUUUACUGGACGGAUCUGGCCAGGAAUUGCGUGGUGCGCAUGGAUCCAUGGUCGGGCAGCCGGGAAUUGUUGCCCAUCUUUGAGGCAAACUUCCUGGCACUGGACUCUCGUCAGGGUCACCUGUACUACACCACCAGCUCCCAGCUCUGCCGACAUGGCUCCACUCCCGAUGAAGCGGUCACCUAUUAUCGUGUUAAUGGACUGGAGGGCAGCAUCGCCUCCUUUGUGCUGGACACCCAGCAGGAUCAGCUUUACUGGCUUGUAAAGGGUGCGGGUGCACUGCGUCUGUAUCGUGCGCCCCUGACAGCUGGUGGGGAUGCGCUGCAGAUGAUCCACCAGAUAAAAGGUGGCUUCCAGGCUGUCCCGGACAGCUUGCAACUCCUGCGGCCUUUGGGCGCUCUUCUUUGGCUGGAGCGGAGUGGCAGAAGAGCUCGCUUGGUCCGCCUGGCUGCACCUCAGGAUGUCAUGGAGCUACCGACUCCGGAUCAGGCCUCUCCCGCCUCCGCUUUGCAGUUACUAGAGCCACAACCAUUGCUCCCGCCGGAUGAGGGCGUUAUUCCCAUGACUGUGAUCCCGGAUAGCGUGCGUCUGGACGAUGGCCACUGGGACGACUUCCAUGUGCGCUGGCAGCCUUCCACGUCCGGUGGCAACCACAGCGUCUCGUAUCGCCUGCUUCUCGAGUUCGGACAACGACUUCAAACCUUGGAUUUGAGCACGCCAUUUGCCCGGUUGACCCAAUUGCCGCAGGCACAGUUGCAGCUGAAGAUCAGCAUCACACCGCGAACCGCGUGGCGAAGCGGAGACACCACUCGGGUGCAGCUCACCACCCCGCCGGUGGCUCCUAGUCAGCCUCGUCGGCUGCGCGUGUUCGUUGAGCGCUUGUCCACCGCCCUCCAGGAGGCCAAUGUGAGUGCUGUGCUCCGCUGGGAUGCGCCGGAACAGGGUCAGGAGGCGCCGAUGCAGGCGCUGGAGUACCACAUUAGCUGCUGGCUGGGCUCGGAGCUGCACGAGGAGCUGCGUCUGAACCAGAGCGCCCUGGAGGCCCGCGUGGAGCAUCUGCAGCCGGAUCAGACUUACCACUUUCAGGUGGAGGCACGUGUGGCUGCCACGGGCGCAGCAGCGGGAGCAGCUAGCCAUGCCCUCCACGUGGCACCGGAGGUGCAGGCGGUACCACGCCUGCUCUACGCCAAUGCGGAGUUCAUUGGAGAACUGGACCUGGAUACGCGGAAUCGCAGGAGACUGGUGCACACGGCCAGUCCGGUGGAGCAUCUGGCGGGCAUCGAGGGCGAGCAGCGAUUGCUGUGGGUCAACGAGCACGUGGAGCUGCUCACCCAUGUCCCGGGAUCAGCUCCAGCGAAGCUGGCCAGGAUGAGGGCCGAGGUCUUGGCCCUGGCCGUGGACUGGGUUCAGCGGAUCGUCUACUGGGCGGAACUGGAUGCCACUGCACCGCAGGCGGCGGUUAUCUAUCGCCUGGAUCUGUGCAACUUCGAGGGCAAGAUCCAGCAGGGCGAUCGCAUGUGGAGCACUCCCAGGGGCCGUUUGCUAAAGGAUCUGGUGGCCUUGCCACAGGCGCAAUCCCUCAUUUGGUUAGAGUACGAGCAGGGAGCUCCGAGAAACGGUUCCCUUCGGGGCAGAAAUCUAACCGAUGGCUCGCAGCUGGAAUGGGCCACGGUUCAGCCGCUAGUCCGUCUGCAUGCUGGCAGCUUGGAGCCCGGAUCCGAGACCUUGAACCUGGUGGACAACCAGGGCAAGCUGUGUGUCUACGAUGUGGCCCGCCAGCUGUGCACGGCCAGCGCUCUGCGGGCACAGCUGAACCUGCUUGGCGAGGACUCAAUUGGCGGUCAGUUGGCCCAGGACUCGGGAUACCUCUAUGCCGUGAAAAACUGGAGUAUUCGUGCCUACGGGCGCCGCCGCCAGCAGCUGGAGUAUACGGUGGAACUGGAGCCGGAGGAGGUGCGUCUGCUGCAGGCACACAACUAUCAGGCCUAUCCGCCCAGGAGCUGUCUGCUCCUUCCCUCGUCCGGUGGAUUCUUCCUAACAGAUACCGAUUGUGAGGAGCAGAGAUGCCAGCUGCAUCUACCCAUUAUCAAAGCGUCCGAAGAUUGUGCACUGCCUGUUCCCGGGGUUAGAUACCAACUGAAUCUUACUUUGGCCAAGGAGAGGGGAUCCGAGGAGCAGCAGCAUGAGGAGGAGCCCCUGGGACAGUGGCUGCUCAGUGCUGGGGAUUCGGUAAAUCUUACAGACCUGCUGCCCUUCACUCGCUAUCGUGUGGCAGGAAUCCUGAGCAGCUAUUACCAAAAGAAGUUGGCAUUACCCACCGUGGUGCUGCCCCCACUGGAGCUCCUCACCGCCUCUGCCACGCCCUCGCCUCCAAGGAACUUCAGUGUGCGUGUGCUGAGUCCCAGGGAACUGGAGGUCAGCUGGUUGCCGCCAGAGCAGCUGCGCAGCGAAAGUGUCUACUACACGCUCCACUGGCAACAGGAACUGGACGGUGAGGAGGUCCAGGAUCGGCGGGAAUGGGAGGCACAUGAGCGGCGCCUGGAGACGGCGGGCACUCAUCGUUUGACCGGAAUCAAGCCGGGAUCUGGGUAUAGCCUGUGGGUUCAGGCCCAUGCCACUCCCGCCAAGAGCAACAGCAGCGAGCGGCUGCAUGUGCGCAGUUUCGCGGAGUUGCCGGAGCUGCAGCUCCUGGAGCUGGGACCAUAUUCUCUGAGCCUCACCUGGGCGGGAACCCCGGAUCCUCUGGGCUCCCUGCAGCUCGAGUGCCGAUCGUCGGGUGAGCAACUACGUCGGAAUGUUGCCGGGAAUCACACAAAGAUGGUGGUGGAGCCACUGCAGCCACGCACCCGCUACCAGUGCUGCCUGCUCCUGGGCUAUGCGGCCACGCCAGGAGCUCCACUGUACCAUGGAACAGCAGAGGUGUACGAGACUCUGGGGGAUGCGCCCAGUCAGCCGGGCAAGCCGCAGCUGGAGCACAUCGCCGAGGAGGUGUUUCGUGUCACCUGGACGGCGGCCCGCGGCAAUGGAGCACCCAUCGCCCUCUACAAUCUGGAGGCCCUCCAGGCGCGCAGCGACAUCCGCCGGAAGCGCAGAAGAAGGCGACGCAAUAGCGGUGGAUCCCUGGAGCAGCUGCCGUGGGCCGAGGAGCCGGUGGUCGUCGAGGAUCAGUGGCUGGACUUCUGCAACACCACCGAACUGAGCUGCAUUGUGAAGAGUCUGCACUCGAACAGGUUGCUCCUCUUCCGGGUGCGUGCGAGGAGCUUGGAGCACGGCUGGGGACCUUACAGCGAGGAGAGCGAGCGGGUGGCGGAGCCCUUCGUCUCGCCGGAGAAGAGAGGAUCCCUGGUCCUGGCCAUCAUCGCGCCGGCUGCCAUCGUCUCCAGCUGCGUCCUGGCAUUGGUGCUCGUUCGAAAGGUUCAAAAGCGCCGCCUGCGCGCCAAGAAACUGCUCCAGCCGAGCCGUCCCAGCAUUUGGAGUAACCUGUCCACCUUGCAAACGCAACAGCAGCUGAUGGCCGCCAGGAAUCGCGCCUUCUCCACCACGCUGAGUGAUGCGGACAUCGCUCUGCUGCCCCAAAUCAAUUGGAGCCAACUGAAGUUGCUGCGAUUUCUGGGCAGCGGAGCUUUUGGUGAGGUGUACGAGGGCCAGUUGAAUACGGAGGACUCCGAGGAGCCGCAACGCGUGGCCAUCAAGAGCCUCCGCAAGGGAGCCAGCGAAUUUGCCGAGCUGCUCCAGGAGGCUCAGCUGAUGAGCAACUUCAAGCACGAAAACAUCGUGUGCCUGGUGGGGAUCUGCUUUGACACCGAGUCCAUCUCGCUGAUCAUGGAGCACAUGGAGGCGGGCGAUUUGCUUAGUUACCUACGUGCCGCCAGGGCUACCAGCACCCAGGAGCCGCAACCCACCGCUGGACUCUCGCUCUCUGAACUCCUGGCCAUGUGCAUUGAUGUGGCCAACGGCUGCAGUUACCUGGAGGACAUGCACUUCGUGCACCGCGACUUGGCCUGUCGGAACUGCUUGGUCACGGAAUCGACGGGCGGCACGGAUCGUCGGCGCACCGUAAAGAUCGGGGACUUCGGACUGGCGAGGGACAUCUACAAGAGCGACUAUUACCGCAAGGAGGGCGAGGGCCUGCUCCCGGUGCGCUGGAUGUCGCCGGAGAGCCUCGUCGACGGGCUCUUCACCACCCAAUCGGAUGUGUGGGCCUUUGGGGUGCUCUGCUGGGAGAUCCUCACCCUGGGUCAGCAGCCGUAUGCGGCGAGGAACAACUUCGAGGUGCUGGCCCAUGUCAAGGAGGGCGGACGGCUCCAGCAGCCGCCCAUGUGCACGGAGAAGCUUUACUCGCUGCUGCUCCUUUGCUGGCGAACGGAUCCCUGGGAGCGGCCCAGUUUCCGGCGCUGCUACAACACACUCCAUGCCAUCAGCACCGAUCUUCGGCGCAGCCAAAUGGCAUCGGGAACGGGGGAUACGGUGGUCAGCUGCUCCAGGCCGGAGUUCAAGGUGCGAUUCGAUGGCCAGCAGCUGGAGGAGCCAAGGGAGCACAAGGAGCAGCCGGCGGAGGAGAGUCUGACGCUGCGAGAGGUGCCGCUCAAGGAGAAGCAAUUUUAUGCCAACGAAGGAGUCUCCCGACUUUAAAAUUGGAACCCCCACGUCCUUCACAAAGGUAGUCUCAAAUCGAGGUGGUCGAAUUAGCUUUCCAUUUAAUCUAAGCCUUAAUUUUAAAUGGCCCAUAAGGCGGGCAAGUUUAUAUUCUACUUCGGAUUAAGAUACUUUUUUUUUUCUCAGAUACAGGAAUUAUGGGCAAGCAUUGCCUAUAAGUUUUAUUUGCACAGCUAUUUAUUUAUUUGUAAUACUUCAAUGAAUGGAUAGAUGUAAAUAUAUUAUUAUAUUUUUGGUACUAGCGAACGUUUUAAACGUAAAUUUCCUCUGUAAUAUUUGCUCUUAAUAACCAUAUUUUUAGCAAAAUAGAAAUUGUGGGGCUCUGCAUGUAUUUACCGCGAAAUUUUAUUUAAUUAUAUUUAUAUCAGCGGCUUAGGCUGGCGUGCUCAAAAAAAGAAACUUUA